AUGCCUAGGUACGAGACCUUUAAUAACGCUAUUCUGCUUCAUCACGCUUUCGCUGAGCCAGCACCAGAUUACAAGAAGAAGCAACACAUAUUUCGUCUUAGGACCGCGAACUUGGGCGAAUAUUUAUUCCAAACGACGAGUGCUGCCGAGGUAGAGGAUUGGGUUGUACAGAUUAAUUUCGCCUGUGCACGCUUCUCUUCCCGAGCCCUUCCUCCACCCGCAUGCUCAGGUGGAGCCUUCUCAAGAGCACGCUUACCAAAACUACCAAGUUCUGCCCCAUUGGCUCAGCAAUUAAGGGUGAGAGUUACUUUGGCUACUUUCCCAUAUAUCUCUAUUGCUCAUGAAUGUGCCGCCUGCGAGCUUCGGGAACAGUUGUCGCGGGUUAGACAGGAGGCUCCACCUCUUAAAGCCAAAGGGCGACCUGUUGAAGAAUUUUUCUUUAAAGAACGUUAUUUGACCCAGGAGAUUCUCCGCUAUGAUACGUACUGCCAUUUGUUACGUUCCCGUCUCCCUGGUGGAGGAUGUGAAUUAGGCGGAGCACCUUCAGAUUCCACUUCUGGCGUACAUUCCAAAUCCGAUAUCGCUGAUGAUUUGGAUAAGAUGAGCUACCGUGAAGCACUAAAUCAUCAUUGA